UUGUGACGUUUCGUUCACAUCCACCCAUUAAUAAUAGCAAAACCAGUACUUCUGUUCCUUCAGCUCAUGACAAUACUGCUCCGUGUCUUCUUCUGUAAGCCUCUGUCGACCAACGUUAGUGUGUCGUUUUGAAUCAGAGCGCCUUUUAUUCUUCUGAUUUCCACCCAUUUUGCUGUAGCUCGUGUUUCCUGUGUGAAAUAUGCAGAAGAGAAGGAAGCCAGAGCCGAUCCAACUCAACCCAAUCCCCGAUGGAAAAACUGUCAACGGGACUGGAGCCACAGAAACAAACUUGGAGGCACUGCAGAAGAAACUAGAGGAGCUUGAGUUGGAUGAGCAGCAGCGGAAACGCCUGGAGGCCUUUCUGACACAGAAGCAGAAGGUGGGCGAGCUGAAGGACGAUGACUUUGAGAAGAUCUGUGAGCUGGGUGCAGGCAACGGAGGUGUCGUCUUCAAGGUCUCUCACCGACCCUCUGGUCUGAUUAUGGCCAGGAAGCUGAUCCACCUAGAGAUCAAACCUGCCAUCAGGAACCAGAUCAUUAGGGAGCUGCAGGUGCUACAUGAGUGUAACUCCCCCUACAUUGUGGGUUUCUAUGGAGCUUUCUACAGUGAUGGUGAAAUCAGCAUCUGCAUGGAGCAUAUGGAUGGUGGAUCCCUGGACCAGUCGCUGAAGAAAGCAGGCAAGAUCCCAGAGCAGAUCCUUGGCAAAGUCAGCAUCGCUGUCAUUAAAGGGCUCUCCUACCUGAGGGAGAAACACAAGAUCAUGCACAGAGAUGUAAAGCCAUCUAACAUCCUAGUGAAUUCCCGCGGUGAGAUCAAGCUGUGUGACUUUGGAGUUAGCGGACAGCUCAUAGACUCCAUGGCCAACUCAUUUGUGGGCACACGCUCUUACAUGUCUCCUGAGCGUUUACAGGGCACCCAUUACUCCGUUCAGUCAGAUAUCUGGAGUAUGGGUCUGUCCCUGGUUGAAAUGGCCAUUGGACGCUUCCCCAUCCCACCUCCUGAUGCUAAGGAACUGGAACAGAUUUUUGGCUUCCCAGUGGAAGGGGAAGCAGCCUCCAGCGAAUCCUCGCCAAAGCCACGUCCUCCUGGGCGACCAGGCAGCUCCUACGGACCUGAUAGCAGACCACCUAUGGCUAUAUUUGAGCUUCUUGAUUACAUAGUCAACGAGCCUCCACCGAAGCUUCCUGGGAUAUUCAGCUCUGAAUUCCAAGACUUUGUGAAUAAAUGUUUGAUUAAGAAUCCGGCAGAGAGGGCAGACUUGAAACAGUUGAUGGUGCACCCUUUCAUUAAACAGUCUGAGGCUGAGCAGGUGGACUUUGCUGGCUGGUUGUGCAGCACCAUUGGACUCAAUCAGCCUGUGACCCCCACCCAUGGUUCAGCAAUGUGAGAUCUCCGUCAACAAAUUCCAUACCCUGAGGGGCUCUAAUAGCUGGAUUUGUAUUAUGGGCAAAUUGUAUCUGUUUAUACAGCGUACUCAAAGGGUAAACUUCUGCAAUCAAGAGUUGAAUAUUUAGUGUACAAACCAAGUGAAGCCAAGUGAGGUUAAUUAUGUAUUGAACAAUUUUUAGGGGGCUGUAAUGCAGGCCUGUGUGAAAAAGCCAUCUUUUUCUAAUGAUCAAAUGAUUUAACUAUGACAAAUGCUGCUCAACCCGUGUGCUUGAUAUUCAAAUCUUUAUCUUGUGUGAAAUAAAUAGUCUUGUGAAUUUCAA